GCACAAUGAGGAACUUCAUACAUUAGAAAUGCGGACAGCAGCUGAAAUGCAUGCUGUCUGGAUUUAAGACGAAAAGAAGAAAACGAGCAAAAUAAACUUGAAGUGAAUGGGUGCCAUCAGAACAAGUCCAAACAGCUGAUAAAAACAUCACAAUAAUCCACAACAUGGCAGCUUUGACCCUCCUGAUGUUACUAUAUAUCAGAGACUGUAAUCCAAUGCCAGAUCCCCAUCAGAGGGAGCUGAUGCUGAAGCAGGAUAUGUCCCAGCAGGUAGGGGGCAGGGUGGAGCUCACUGCUGCUGAACAGCAACUGGAUUCAGUCCUCCAUCAGCUGAAGAUUAAAGAAAUGGCUGCUUCACCUUUCCCACCAGCCAAUCACUUCUUCAAGGUCCGGCACAUUGUGCAAAAAAGCCCUGUCUUCAAACUGCUACAGAAAAUGCCAAAGGGUGCUGCUCUUCACAUCCACAGCUCUGCUAUGGUGAGUGUGGACUGGCUGGUUCUGAACGCAACGUACAGGCCUCAUUGUUACAUCUGCUUCACGUGGGACGGGUCAGUGCAGUUCCUUUUCUCCACCAGUACACCUUUUCUGAGAUGGGGAUGCUCUUUUUGGAAGCGACUAGAUGUGCUGAGGUCAAGUCUGAGUGACGUCACUGCUUUUGAUAACAGUUUAAUGCGCAAUCUUACACUAUUCACGGAGGACCCGGAGAAGUCUUAUCCAACACAAGAUGCAGCAUGGGACAAGUUUGAGAAGACUUUUAUGGCUCUGUCGGGGCUGAUCACAUAUGCACCUGUCUUUAAGGACUAUAUCUACCAGGGUCUGAAGGAGCUUUACGAAGACAACAUCAUGUACCUGGAGCUGAGGGUGGGACAGUCCAAGGCGUAUGAACUUGAUGGCACCAUCCAUGACAGAGUGUGGUCUCUGGAGAUUUACAAAAACAUCACCGAGCAGUUCAAAGAAAAUCAUCCAGAUUUUAUAGGAUCUCGUUUAAUCUUCUCUGUGCACAGGUCUCUUAGUGUGUCUCAAGUGAAGCAGGCAGUACAAGAGGCCAUUGAAAUGCAGAGAAAAUAUCCAGAUAUUGUUGCUGGUUUCGACCUGGUAGGUCAUGAAGACACUGGAAGAUCUAUCUGGUACUUUCGAGAUGCCUUAUCACUCCCUUCGGAAACAAAGACGCAACUUCCUUUCUUUUUCCAUGCAGGAGAGACAGAUUUGGAUGGUACAGAUGUGGACAGGAAUGUGUUAGAUGCUCUGCUGUUUAACACCAGCCGCAUUGGACAUGGUUUUGCACUGGUUCAUCAUCCCCUGGCCAAGCAGCUGUCCAGGACGAGACGAGUGCCAGUGGAGUUGUGUCCCAUUUCCAAUCAGGUGCUAAAACUGGUCUCGGACUUGCGAAAUCACCCUGCUGCAGUACUAAUGUCAGAAGGUCAUCCCAUAGUGGUGAGCUCUGAUGAUCCCACCUUGUUCGGGACCACAGGUCUCUCCUAUGAUUUCUACCAGGUCUUUGUGGGUAUUGGUGGGUUGAGCGCAAACCUGGGGACUCUAAAGGAGCUUGUGAUUAAUUCACUCAGGUACAGUUCUUUGUCGCCACAACUACAGGAUAAAGCUAUUACGAUAUGGAAGGAAAAGUGGAACAAAUUUGUUAAAGAAAAUUCAGAACCAUGACAAACAGAAGACAAGAAAACUGCAUUUUUUUAUAUUAUUACUUAUCUUUUGGUAACUAGGGGAGUUGUAUUAUAGAUUGAAAGUAUCUGUGAGGCUUAUUAUUUUUAUGGAACUAACUGUUAUACUUUUAAGACUCAAAAGAACAUUAUAUAUGUAUUUUUUCACAUGUGAUCAAUUUAAUGCAUUCUUGCUAAAUAAAAUUAUUACUUCAGUAAACUAAA